AUGGGGACCGUAGAGACCACCCAGCGCCUGGCGCACCUGCGACAGCUGAUGCAGGAGCACAAGGUGGAUGUGUAUAUUGUGCCCUCAGAAGAUAGCCACCAGUCCGAAUACAUUGCACCUUGCGACGGCCGCCGAGAAUUCAUUUCGGGUUUCUCUGGCUCUGCGGGUACUGCGAUUAUUUCCCUGAGCAAGGCUGCUUUGUCCACCGAUGGCCGUUAUUUCAAUCAAGCUGCGAAGCAGCUGGACAGUAACUGGCAGCUCCUCAAGCGCGGCAUCGAGGGUGUCCCCAGCUGGCAAGAAUGGACUACCGAACAGGCCCAGGGCGGCAAAGCCGUCGGUGUCGACCCCUCCUUGAUCACGGCUUCCGGUGCGCGAAAGCUCGCAGAGACUCUCGAGAAGAACGGAUCGUCCUUGGUGGGUAUCCCGCAGAACUUGGUCGAUUUGGUCUGGGGCAAGGAUCGCCCGGCACGGCCUGUCGAGAAAGUGCGAACCCAUCCCCUGAAGUAUGCGGGCAAGCCUUUCCAGGAUAAGAUUGCCGAUCUUCGCAAGGAGCUGGAAACGAAGAAGAAGGCCGGCUUCAUCGUUUCCAUGCUUGAUGAGAUUGCCUGGCUGUUCAACUUGCGAGGAAGCGACAUCCCCUACAACCCCGUUUUCUUUUCGUACGCUAUCAUCACCCCGACCACUGCAGAGCUUUACGUCGACCACGAGAAGCUCACACCAGAGGUGAAGGCUCAUCUCGGCGAGGACGUGGUCGUGAAGCCCUACGACUCUAUCUUUGCUGAUGCUAAAGCUCUGAGUGUGGCGAGAAGCCAAUCUGCCGAGGCGCCUGCCAAGUUUUUGCUGUCAAACAAGACCUCUUGGGCCCUGAGCCUCAACCUGGGCGGCGAGGACCAGGUCGAAGAGACCCGUAGUCCGAUCGCAGAUGCCAAGGCCGUCAAGAACGAGACCGAGUUGGAGGGCAUGCGCGCCUGUCACAUUCGCGACGGCGCUGCUCUGACCGAGUAUUUUGCCUGGCUAGAGAACGAGCUGGUGAACAAGAAAACUGUCAUGGACGAAGUCGAUGGUGCCGACAAGCUUGAGCAGAUUCGCUCGAAGAACGACCUCUUUGCCGGGUUGUCCUUCGACACCAUUUCUUCCACUGGUCCCAACGGUGCCGUUAUUCACUACAAGCCGGAGAAGGGUAGCUGCUCGAUCAUCGACCCCACAGUCAUCUAUCUCUGCGACUCUGGCUGCCAGUAUUUCGAUGGAACGACCGAUACCACUCGGACCUUCCACUUUGGCCAGCCAACCGAGUUCGAGAAGCGGGCAUUCACCUUGGUCCUCAAGGGUAUGAUUGCAAUUGACACAGCAGUCUUCCCCAAGGGAACCAGUGGCUUUGCAAUUGAUGUUUUGGCUCGCCAGCACCUUUGGAAGGAAGGUCUUGACUUCCUCCACGGAACCGGCCACGGCAUUGGCUCCUACCUGAACGUCCACGAGGGCCCCAUGGGCAUCGGCACCCGCGUCCAGUACACCGAGGUUCCCAUUGCUGCUGGCAACGUGAUUUCUGACGAGCCCGGCUACUACGAGGACGGCAAGUUUGGAAUUCGCAUUGAGAAUGUCGUGUUGUGUCGCGAGGUCAACCCGCCCAACAAGUUCGGUGACAAGCAGUGGCUUGGCUUUGAACACGUCACCAUGACUCCCAUCGGCCGCAACUUGAUCGAGCCAUCUCUGCUGAGCGACGCCGAAAUCAAGUGGGUGAAUGACUACCACGCUGAGAUUUGGGAUAAGACUCACCACUUCUUUAACAACGAUGAGUUGACCCAGAAGUGGCUUGAGCGUGAGACUCUGCCCAUUUCGAAAUAA